AGUGAGCUGUGCUAGAGGGAGGGUCAGUGUGUGUGUGCAUGCUAACAGUGUGCCUUAUGGACAGAGGGGGCUUGAGUGACUGUUGACUAGCCGGCUAGUAGGUGGAGGAACAGUAAGAACACAGACAGAACUCAGUGCUUGUUGGAUCCAGUGUUUGUUGUGGAAUCUAUACUCUCAGACCAGGAGGUUCUGGGUGACGGUUGGUUGAAGGAGCGGGAUGUCUAAGAUGACGUUGUGGUUGGGACUUCUCCUGGCUCUCAGCGCAGGUCGUCUGGAUGCUUGGUUCUGGAACAAGGACCCUGAUCCUACUACCCAAGCUCCAACGAAGGCUCCGUCGCUGGGCAAGGAAGGAGGACAGCCCAAGAGAGGUGAGGAGAACCUGGCAGGGGUUGGGGAAGAAAUCAUCAACGUGGCUGAUGGGAUCCGUAAGUUUGUGCAGACGUGGGACGUGACCCCAACCACUUGGACUGACGGAGGAGUGGCGAGCCCUACCACACAGACGGUUAAUAAGGAGGAGUCUGGGUCUGGGGAAGGAUCUGGGUCUGGGUCUAAGGAAGGAUCUGGGUCUGGGGAAGGAUCUGGGUCUGGGUCUAAGGAAGGAUCUGGGUCUGAGACGGGUUCAGGAUCCGGGUCUGGUUCAGCAUCUGGUGUAGGGUCUGGGUUUGGAUCGGGGGCUGAGUCUGGUGUAGGUUCAGGGACCGGCUCAGGUUCGGGGUCAGGGCUUGGAGAAAGGGAAAGCUUGGUUCUCCCCACUAACCUAACAGGGAUGGUGGAGGAUGACCUCACAGGGGUUGAGGGGGUGAAACAGGGCGAACCAAAGACCAACCUCUCUGACAUCACCUCUCAUGACCAUAAUGGAACCUGCCACCUCGUGCCCUCUGAUUGGCCGAUCUGCAUAUCAAGGGGGUCGAAGCAUUUCUCGCUGCCCAACUUCCUGAACCACACCUCUGUGGAGGAGGUUGGCAUGGCCCUGAGAGAGUGGGCGUGGCUGGCCAAGGCGGGGUGCCACCAUGGAGCUGAAUGGUUCCUCUGCCUCCUCCUGGUGCCCAGGUGCCCGCUGCCUGGCCAGGUGCUCGCCAAGGUUCCCCUUCUGCCCUGCUGCAGCUUCUGCCAAGUCCUGCAAGACAGCUGCUGGCCAGCCCUGGAUGACGGGCGACUUCCUGUAGAGUGUAAUUUGCUGCCCGACAGGGAUCAGGAGGCGGGGUUGCGGUGUCCGCCAUGCGUGUCAGUUAGUAAUCGGAAAGCAGAGAGUGGUGUGACUCUACUGCAGCUGAUUGGAAACCUGCCUCCUGAUGAAUCCCGGGCCGGUCCGGGGGGGAAACCCGCCUACUACUUUGGAGGGCUGGACGGGCUGACUGCUGCGGGACAGCCGGCCCUGGCCCACCUCCCCAACCCCUUCUACAGAGACUUCUCCCUGGUCUUCCAAAUCAUCCCCUCCAGCCCCGGGGUCCUCUUCUCCAUCACAGACGCCUCCCAGAAGUUCAUGUACGUGGGGGUGAAGCUGAGCGCCCCGGACGCUGACGGCAGGAAUCAGAAGAUUCUGUUCUACUACACAGAGCCCGACUCUGAGGCCUCGUACCUGGCUGCUAGUUUCACCGUGCCCUCCCUGGACAUGGUCUCCUGGACCAAGUUCUCUCUGUCCGUGUUCAAAGACCAGGUGACCUUCUUCAUGGGGUGCGACGCCUCUGGGAAGACGGUGAAGUUGGAGCGCUCGCCGGAUGACAUGGAGCUGGACAGGGGGGCGGGCAUCUUCGUGGGUCAGGCGGGAGGCGCGGACCCAGACAGGUUCGAGGGGGCGAUCGCUGAGCUGAACGUGGUGGGUAACCCUCGAGCAGCUGAGCUACUCUGUGAAGACGAUGAUGACUCAGACGCUGCCUCAGGUGACUUUGGCAGUGGGGAUGGGGACAGAAGAGAGACCGGCAAAACUGUAAAGACCACCCCUCCAUCUCUCCGACCGGUGCCAGAGCCCCCCCUGACAUCAUCAGUGAGCGACAGGCUCUCAGAGACAGGUGACAGGAAUCAUCAGACCUCAGUAGAGUCCAGACCAGGGUCAGGAGGUCAACCAGGCCCUACUGGUUCUAACAGAGAGAAGGGGGACAAAGGGGAGAAGGGCAGUCCAGGGGACAGAGGUCCCGCCGGGCCAAAGGGGGACUCGGGGUCUUUCUCCAGCUCUGCCUCUUCAUCAGGCGGAGGAGAACGUGGAGAAAAGGGAGACAAAGGCUUGAAGGGCAGUUCUGGUUUCGGUUACCCAGGCUCCAAGGGGGACCGUGGCAUACCUGGUCCCCCUGGCCCUCCUGGCCCUGAGGGGCCAGCUGCCCAGGUUGUGAGGCUAGGGGACGGCUCUGUGGUGCAGCCAGUGGCCGGGCCAAUGGGACCGAUGGGGCCCCCAGGGGUCAAAGGACCAGCAGGACCCCAGGGACCAGAGGGAGAGCCGGGGGAUCCAGGAGAGGAUGGCAAAUUAGGACCUCCCGGAGACAGAGGGUUCCCAGGAACACAAGGAGACUCAGGGGUCAAAGGAGAAAAGGGGGAUCGUGGUGAUGGUCACCCAGGACCCAGGGGUCUUCCAGGGCCACCUGGACCCCCAGGCCCAGGGACAAUUGACCGCGCUACAUUUGUGGAUAUGGAAGGCUCAGGAGGAUUACCAGAUUUAGAGAAAAUACAGACUCUCCGUGGUCUACCAGGCCCCCCCGGGCCCCCAGGUCCCCCUGGCCCCUCAACCGGUGGUGUCAGCUCCCAUGGGUCAGGCUCUUUCGGGCCCCCUGGACCUCCCGGACAGGACGGGGCCCGUGGCCUACCAGGGCCCGCUGGUCCACCUGGCAGGCCUGGAACCCCAGGACCCAGUAGCGGAGAGAAGGGAGAAGCUGGUGAUCUAGGUCUUCCAGGGCCCAGUGGAGAGAGGGGUUCUAAGGGUGACCCUGGAGUGCCUGGUCAGACCGGGCAGGGGGGCUUGGCUGGGCUUCCUGGGCCCAUGGGACCGAUUGGGCCUCCAGGACCACCCGGACCUUCCUACCCCGUGCGUUAUGGUGACGGGGAGGGUUCCGGAGUGACGGGGGUCAAUGGUGUUGCUGGAGUGAUAGGGAUUCCAGGACCACAGGGUCCGCCCGGAAUCGCUGGCCUUCCGGGAAGAUCUGGUUUGCCUGGGCUUUCGGGAGAGAAGGGGAGCGAGGGAGCAAGAGGACGGGAUGGAACACCAGGGAUGGACGGAUUCCCAGGAAAAUUGGGAAACAAAGGGGAGAGGGGAGACAGAGGGGAAAGGGGUGAGCCAGGACGUGAAGGGGGGCCCCCUGGACCUCCAGGAGCCCCUGGCCCACCGGGACAGAUCAUCUACCAGAACUCAGGCAGUUUUGAUGGAGUUCUUGGGAGUCAAGGACAGGGAGGACCAGGUAUUCCCGGCCGGGCAGGAUUCCCAGGGCCUAUGGGACCAAAGGGAGAUACAGGAGAGCCUGGACAGCCAGGAUACGCAGCUAAGGGGGAGAAAGGAGAACCUGGUAUUAUCAUGGGGCCUGAUGGAAGACCCAUGUACCUGGGAGGGCUGGGGUCUCAACCGGGAGAGAAGGGACUCCCGGGACCUGAGGGACCUCCUGGUCCCCAUGGUCCUGCUGGUCUAAAGGGUGAUAUAGGCAUGCCAGGUAGACCGGGUCGUCCUGGGUUGAAUGGUGCCAAAGGAGAGAGGGGGGAUUCAGCUGGAGGGACUGGAGGAUAUGGAGGUCCUCCAGGACCACCUGGCCCACCCGGACCCCCCGGGCCAGCAGUACCUCUGGACAGGUUCAAUAGGUAUGAUGUCUCACGGUUAUAUCCUGACUCCAAAGGAGAGAAAGGUGAUCGUGGAGUACCAGGAAUACCUGGGGUACCAGGUCUCACGUCCAACUUUGACAUCUACACCUUCAAGGAGGAGAUGAAGGGAGAGAGAGGAGACUCGGGGAUGAAGGGGGAGAAAGGCGAGCCAGCCGGAGGAUAUUAUGGUGGAGGUUACGGUGGACAGGGUGGUCAGCCUGGACCUCCAGGACUUCCAGGGCCAAAGGGAGAGUCCAUCGUCGGUCCUUCAGGGCCCCAGGGCCCUCCAGGUAACCCAGGAAGAGGGUACGAAGGCAGGCAAGGGAACCCAGGCCCACCGGGGCCCCCCGGACCUUCAGGAUCAUCCUCCUUACCUGGAGCCUACAGGCCAACACAGACCAUCAGCAUCCCUGGACCUCCGGGCCCUCCUGGCCCACCUGGAACUGAUGGACACUCCUCUGGGGUGAUGGUGCUGAGGUCAUAUGACACGAUGACAGCCACGGCCAGACGACAGGCAGAGGGGACGCUGGUCUAUCUGGUCGACCAAACAGACUUUUACAUCAGAGUACGAGAUGGCUUCCGGCAAAUCCAGCUUGGACCAUACAUAGCUUUACCCCCUGGACAGGGUAAUGAGGUAGCAGCUGUCGACCCUCCUCCAGUGGUCUACUACCAGCCAGAUCAUCCCUCCAACACGGCCACAGAGCAACCCCCCAGACAGCUAGACCCCCACCAGCCACAGCCUGAGCCACACGCUGUUUACCCCGACCCACGUUACCCGACUCACCCGGAUCCACGCUACCCAGCCCAGCCGGAUCCACGCUACCCAGCCCAGCCGGAUCCACGCUACCCAGCCCAGCCGGAUCCACGCUACCCAGCCCAGCCGGAUCCACGCUACCCAGCCCAGCCGGAUCCACGCUACCCAGCCCAGCCAGACCCACGCUACCCAGCCCAGCCGGAUCCACGCUACCCAGCCCAGCCGGAUCCACGCUACCCAGCCCAGCCGGAUCCACGCUACCCCUCACAUUCAGACCCCAGAUACCCCUCACACACUGAUCCACGGUACCCCAGUUAUACAGACCACCACAACGUAACCCCACAACGCAGACCCAGACCCCCUGAGACCCCCAGCCACCAACACACGUCAGGCCCAAGUAUUCACCUGGUCGCCCUGAACGCCCCCCAGGGGGGUAACAUGCGGGGUAUCAGAGGGGCAGACUUCCUGUGCUUCAACCAGGCUCGGGCCAUCGGGCUGAAGGGAACCUUCCGGGCUUUCCUCUCCUCCAAGCUCCAGGACCUUUACAGCAUCGUCCGCAAGUCAGACAGGGACCGCAUGCCCAUCGUCAACCUGAAGGACGAGGUCCUGUUUGACAGUUGGGAGGCCAUCUUUAAUGACUCAGAGGGCAGAGUGAAGGACAACGUACCCAUCUACUCCUUCGAUGGCAAAGACAUUUUCACAGACGGCACAUGGCCAGACAAGAUGAUAUGGCACGGUUCGACCAGCAGGGGGCACGGCCAGGUGGAUAACUACUGUGAGACGUGGCGUGUAGGGGAGCGGGCGCUGACAGGCAUGGCCUCCUCUCUACAGGGGGGCCAGCUCCUCCAACAGAGAACCAGCAGCUGUCACAGCUCCUACGCCGUGCUCUGCAUCGAGAACAGCUACAUCGGACAGUUCAAGAGAUAGGACUGACCGACCAAACGCACACACACACACACUUCAGCCAGAUCAAGAGAUAAGCCUAAUGAAACACACACACACAAACACAUCAGCCAAUCCAGGAGGCCUAACAAACCGUACGUACCAAUGGAGGCUGGUGACUUAAAAAAUUGAGGAGGAUGGUAGACCCACGGUAUAGGCGCGGAACGCACGGAGACAACAAAGUGUGUUUCAAAAAUCGUCAAAGACUAAUUAUUUUAACCUAAAGCAUUUAAUAAAGACAUUUAUAGUACACUAUUAUGGGGAAUGGGAAUGAGAGGGCUACUUACACAGUGUUGGAAAGAAACCACAGCAGUGAUUGUAUGAGGCAUGAGUUGAGGUGUUCAGAGGCUUGACCAGUGCAGGACAGGAUUUGCCUGGAAAGACAAACAAUAACACAAGACACUAAACAGUUAGACAAAAGAGCUCAGAAUGAGUUAGUCCAAGCAAAGAGUAAAAUCAUGUAUGUGUAAUAAUGUGAUUGUGUAUGUGAUUGACUCUACAUACAGUAAUGAGAGAUAAUUGAUAGGGGUACUCACAGUGCUUGGAGGGGAAACAUUCAAUGUGCGAGUGGAUGAGCGGGCACAUGAGACGUUGUGGCUUCAGUUCAUGUCAGGAGAGAGUUGACAAUGGUAGUGGAGUGGAGAUCACCUCUUAAUCAGGGAACAGGAGGGGACUUAGCUGCAAAUACAAAUAGCAGAUACAUUCCAUUACAGCUGCGCCAUCAUAGGUUUGGACAACAACUUUCUCUGUGAAGUUAAACUCUGACAUCUCAACAUUCAUUAAGUCAAACACAGACUGCGCAUCUCGCCCACUUGACACGUCAAAGUCGCCCAAGAAACGUUCCUGAAUAAAGCCCUGAUCAUCCACAUACCUGACCAUAACGGACAACUCCAAGCAGACUGGUGGCACCAUAGGUCCCAGAGCGGUGGGGCAAUUUUUACCCCCUGGGUCCUGGAGUUUUUCCUUAUAUGUUAACCUAACUAGGAAAACUCUGGACCCUAUAAGGUAUGCCAGUGAUAAAUUAGUUGUUAAAAGGUUUUAUAUGGACUAUGAUGGGACAGGUUUUUCCUAAUCAGGUCACAUGUUGUUUUUUUUUAACUCCUGGCCCUGGGGGAGAUGAAAACCCUGUCAAACUGCAGCUACAUUAUAUCUGUUCAUAUGAAUGAUAUUUAGACUAGAUUAGUAGGGGGGUUUCCUCUACCCAGACAAAUAGACAACUGGGCUGAGCUUGCUUUAUGCAUGUUUGCAUCAUGUAGGCCUAUGCAACUGUAGGCCUUAUAAAACAUUUACUCACAUCUGUCAUCGCUAUUAUGUUGAUAGAUUCAUUCCAGUUAAUAAGCCUAGCCAGCCCAGUUUUGAAUAUAAACUAAAUUUGAUCACAUUCACAUUUUCUCCUGACACACAAAUGGACUAGAAAUACAUAAUGUUACCAAUCAGUUUACCCGGACCAGAUGGACAGGGUGCAUAGGCUGUAUGCAGCUGCUCUUAUUAGCCUACAGUUGAUCAGACUGAAAUAUAGUCUCGUUUUCAUCCCAUACAGCAUGUCCGAUUUCUAGCGUUUAGGUGUAGCCUAGGCUGCUGCAACACUUAUGCCAUGAGUUUUGCUUGUGUCUGUCCGGAGUGAUUGUGUUAUCUUUGCUAAAUAAAUACCGGAGGAAAGUGGAAUGCCUACUUGAGCGCACGGGGAAAAAAUGCGCUGUCAACCUCUCUCUUUAAUCGAAAUGUUUAUGGAUGAUGCGAUGAAGCUAUCAAAUCAUUCUGAAUUGUUUUCGACAUCCUAGAAAAGACAGUCGAAAGUUCGAUAUGUUCAGCAAGUAAAGCAUCGUAACGCGCAAUUACCUCCGCAAGCUCCUUGUAGUUGGCCUUGUUGGCGGGAAUUUUCCCUCUCGUCGUGUCCUCUUAUCGAUGCAGCUUUUUCCCAGAAGCUUGAAUGUGAUGUCGGCAUUUAUAUGCUCCCUGCUUAUGUUUUGCCAUUUAACUUAACGAUCGAUGUUCUUCAGGUCACUGUACCCACCUUUUGACCAAGGCUCAGACUUUCCCAAAAGCAGGCAAGGCCAGCAAUACAGGCAGCUUGAUGAAAGGCUCCCUGUUACAAACUGUACUUUUGAUACCAGUUGGUAUUGAACGCCCUCCUCACCUUUUCAUCUUUCUUCAUGAAACCGAUCUCAGGCAGAGGUCGACCCUCCCUUUUAAAACUUAAAAAAUGUUAAAUCAAUUGCACUAACUGGACACAAAAAUUAAGUUCCAAAACGAAGAAAACUAUUUAUAAUAUACCUCUGUCUCCUGUCAUUUGAAAAAAACACAUUUGAAUUGAAUAAAAUCCCCAAAAAUGCUCAACUAUCACUGUUCACUCUUAAUCUCUAUCCGACAAUGUCACCAAACUUCUCAACACAUAGAAUCCCCAUAAUGCUCUGUGGCACAAUCCCAAUACAACACACUGUUUGUUCUCUGAUCCUAAAAGCUUUGAUCGGUUGGAGGACUUCCUCCGGAAGUGGUCAUAAUUACCAUGCAUGUCUAUGGAAGGGGGUGAGGCCUACAAGCAUCCUAGGUUUUGUAUUGAAGUCAAAGUAGCCAGAGGAGGAUGGAAGCUAGCUGUCCUCCGGCUACACCAUGGUGCUACCCCAGACAGUGCUUUUGAAGUUACUGUAGACCAUUGCAAAACAGUGUAUUUUAAAUCAAUUAUUUGGUGACAUAUGAAUAUAUUUAGUAUAGUUUUAUCUAAAAAGUAUAACUUGAAUGUUUCUAAUGUUUACAUUUUUAUGAAAUUUCACUGAGGAUGGUCCUCCCCUUUCUCCUCUGAGGAGCCUCCACUGGUACGUACACACACACACACACACACACACACACACAAUGGUGCUUUGUAUAUAACAGCUACAUUCCCCUUCUCCAAUACACUCAGUCCAGCUGGCCAAAUAGAACCACAUGUCCAUAAUAUGGGGUUGAUCAAGAACAGCGACAACCAGGCUAAGAGAGAGACCCCCCCUAAGCCCCAAUCAACCCCCCUUUAUACACUGAUCGCAGCUGACCAAACAGCCCACCCCGACCCCCUGCACAUACGUCUAAAUCACUGUUCUGUAAACACCUCAACACUGUGGUUUUCAGUAGAGUUUGUAUUCAUUCCACUUCUCAUUUCACUGUCCACUUCAGAAAGCCAUGUUCAUUGGGGGUUAGAGGACAGACUAUCACAAUGUACAUUUAUUUUUUUGUGGUCUUACCCUCAAAAGCAUAAUACCUGCAUUGUAGAAAGUCUAUAGCCUUUUAACAGUUUGCCCUAGAAUCAAACCACACCACAGACCACACCUACAGAUUAAACAGGACACUAAUUCUGUUCUCUAUGAUUCCAACGAGCUAAUUGUUGCAGUAUUGUACAUUAAAUGUUUAUUAUCCAAUGUUGUAAUUUUUUAUUUACUUUUUUGUUGUAAUCAGUACAUAUAACCAGUUUUUGAAGCACUAUCUAUAACAUUGUCAUAAAUGUUGGAUGGUUUUAUUUUGCUAGCGGACAAAGGGAACAGGAUAUUUAAAAUGUUUUGAUAACAAAAGGAGUAUUUAUUUUGCGAUUAACAUUUUAAGUAGUUUUAACAUUCACACUUUUCAGUAAUGGACUCUGGAUCUGUAGUAACAGAGGAAGAGAUGAGUCUGGCCCAAGAAUCAUGACAUUUUGUAUCAAAUUACUAUGUUUUUGUUUUGCAAUGUCCUUUUGCGUUUCAAAAUCCUCAAAAGUGCUCUUAAGUGUUUUUCAUGUCUAUGCACUGUGAUAGAAAUUAAAUAAGGCUUUUUAUCCAAAAUCCAGAGACGAAAGCAUUGCAGCUCACUGAAUUAACCGGAGAAUGACACUGGUGAGGAGUUCCCUGAGGUGCCAUGUACUGUGCCAUUUCUCUCAAUGUCAUCAACGUUUAUUGCAAACAAACAAAUGCUACAUUGUUUUUCCAAACUGCUUUAUUUGUAAAUCAAAAAUAAAAUGACAUAAGUCUGUUUUUUACAGCAACAAAA